AUGGCACGGCUUGCAACUCUGCUUAGCAUCAUUAGCGCGGCGUCGGUGUCAGCCAACACUCUCCUAGCUACUCUAGACUAUGGCUCCUUUCAGGGAUACUAUGACGCAGAAUACAAUCUGUCAUACUGGAGGAAGAUACCAUUUGCUGCACCUCCAGUCGGCGAAAAUCGGUUUAGGGCUCCGCAGCCCCCUCUUCAAGUAAACGGUACAUAUGACACCAAUGCCGGCUUUUCCGAGUGUCCGCAGCGAACUGCAAAUGGCUCGGAGGAUUGUCUGUAUCUGGGAGUGUAUGCUAGACCGUGGAGUGAAGGCCAGAAACUACGCCCAGUAUUCGUUGAGAUGUAUGGAGGGGCAUUCGUCGAGGGUAGUGCCUCAACCGGAUUGCCAGGGAUAUUCUAUCCUUUGCUCAACUCCAGUGAUGAGAGUGAUUUUAUUGCUGUAGGCCCCAAUUACCGUGUAAACGCAUUCGGAUUCUUGCCGGGCCAGGAAAUCUACGAUGACCCUUUGUCUGAUUUGAAUCCCGGUUUGCUAGAUCAGCAGUAUGCAUUGCAGUGGGUUCACAGAUACAUCCAUCUCUUCGGAGGCGAUCCAUCUCAGGUCACUAUCAUAGGUCAGAGUGCCGGCGGAGGAAGUACUGUGGCUCAAUCGAUUGCGAAUGGCGGUAAAACCGACCCGCCUCUAUUCCAAAGGGCUUUAUCAUUGAGUCCAUUCUGGCCCAAAACAUACCAGUACAACUCACCCCAGGCGCAGGCUAUCUAUGAUCAGUUCGCAAGCUUGGCCAACUGCUCUGGGACUAGCAAUACUCUGGAGUGUUUGAAAUCUGCAGAUCUGGACACAUUAAUCACCGCAGCAUAUGGUGUCACAUACGGUGACGAGUAUGGACCAAAUUCGUACACCUGGGCUCCCGUCAUAGAUGGCACCUUCCUGCCUAAUACGCUCAGCGACGCGGUGGAAAAGGGCGCCAUAAACGCACCCGCCCAUUGGGGAAUGUACAACACGUAUGAAGGGGAGAACUUCAUCCCAUCUGGUCUCAAAACCUCUGACUUGUCACCAUACAACUCAUCAGAUGCAGCAUUUGAGCUUUGGCUGGGGGAUUUUCUGCCUGACCUAUCCCAGAGUGACCUCGAUCACCUUUUAACUGUGUACCCAUCGAGUGGCAGUAGUGAGAGUAUAGAGAGCUACAACACAACUUACAUUCGCGCGGAGCUGAUCUAUCGAGACCUUGUCCUGGCUUGUCCCGGGUACUGGCUGGCCCAGUCCGCGAAGGUGGGAUAUCUUGGGCAGUACACAAUCAGUCCUGCCACUCAUGGCAGUGAUACCUCUUGGUGGGACUCGUACGGUACACUGCAAACCGAAUACCCAACGAUAUACGAGGGGUUUGCGGGCGCCUAUGCUUCGUUCAUCCAAACAGGCGAUCCAAACAAGAAUAAGCUGACGAAUUCUUCGGAAGCUGGUGUUCCUGAGAUCAACACAGGAGACGAAUGGAUCAUAGCACUUGAUGGAUUCACUGUCACGAAACUCGAGCAAUUGAAAACGAGAUUUCGUACGCCGCCAUCCUUGAUUUCCUGGUAUUCAUGCUGCAAAUACCCAAGAUACCCGGUCACAGUAAUACCAGCAUACAUUCAGUCCUACACGUCUCUUGAUGUAAUCGUUCACAACUCCGCCAUCAAUUCUCAAUCUCCAUCCAACAUGGUUGAGCUGCUCCCAAUAUUCAAAAAAGCCUAUUGGGCCCUAGCUGCUACGAGUCUAGUUUACAUAUCAUGGCUAGGCGCAAUGACAUUUCCAACCGUUCAGCGGGCAGAGCAUGAGGAGCUUCUGAAUGAUAAUUGGUCUUAUGGGCCUGCAGAGGAUUAUACACAAACAGUAGCAUACAAGCUGCUUUCUGAAGAACCUAAUUCGCGGGUUGUUACGAAUUUCCAUGGGAAUGCCGCCCAUCUCGGUUCUGUCAUCCGUCCGGAGAUGUAUCGAAUGGCUUUGGGGGUAUCAACUCCACAGAAUCCGGUACAUGUCUUCGCCAUUGAUUACCGGGGAUACGGUAUUUCCACAGGCUCUCCCUCAGAAGAAGGCCUCAUUACUGACGGCGUAACGCUACUGAACUUUCUCACCUCUGAGCCAUGCAACAUCCCACCAUCACAAAUCGUAAUUGCAGGCCUGAGUCUUGGGACUGCGGUUACAACUGCAGUUGCCGAGCGUUUUGCCUUUGGUGCAGCACCAGAUUCGCCCGACUCAGUGACCAUUGUUGGCCAGCCAGCUUUGAAAGACCCUGAGCCCUUUGCCGGGAUCAUUCUCGUUGCUUCUUUCAGCAAUCUUCCCGAUCUCAUCGAAUCAUAUAGCUUCAAGGGCUUGACACCACCAAUGCUUUCACCUUUGGCUGGCUAUCCUCGGGCCCGGGAAUGGGUCAAGUCACAGAUCCUCGAUACCUGGCAAACCAACAGCCGUCUGGCACGCCUUACAAGCAUGAAGCCUCGAGGAGACGAUGAUAGCGCUGAAUCUGAUGCGAGACACGCCCAAAAGGGUGUAGAUAUCACAAUAAUUCACGCGCGAGACGAUGCUGAAAUACCCUGGAAAGAGGGUUUCAUGAACUGGAAGUGGGGUACGACUGGUUGGAACAAUGAUGACGACAAGCAGAAGAAAGUUGGUAGUCAGUCCCAAGUAGGAAAGAUUGUUUAUGAACGUGUUGCGGAAGAUGGUGUAACAGAGACUAGGGUUUGGGAGAAGGAAAUCUGGCCAUCGCCAGAAAGGAGCACGAGUUUCGCGAAGACAAAUAGUAACGGGAAAGGAGUGAAACGAGUCAGAUGGGAAAAGGUUGGAUACGGUGGGCAUAAUCAAGUCGGUGCUUAUUCAGUUGCAGCUCUUGCUAUCCUACGCUCCUUUGAAGAAUAG